CUCCGAGAAACUUACAAACCGUGGUGACGGCGCUACAACGAUGCCGGUGACGACGUCAACGCGACAUCGGGGUGCCACAUCUACCUUUGCAUCCGGCGGUACGGGAAGCAUGAGCUCGGCGAGCAGGUCGUCGCCUGUGACGUCGACCACGAGCAGCUCGGAGGAGGAAGAGCCCACAAGCAUAAGCUCCGAGGGGACAUCUAUGUCGCCCCAAAAACGAAAAGAGAUGAUGCGACAGAAGAAAAGUUCAGCGGUGAAAGUUUUGGUUACCUUGUUUCCAAGGAUACCGAAGGUGACCACGGUGCUGCUGGAGUUCUUCAUCAAGCGCGAGAACAAGGUCUCGCUGCUUCGCGACCCGCUGUCGCAUUUCUGCCAGGAGCAGUCGGUACUGGCAGCACAGGACUGUCUGCAGAAGCUGCACCGGCAGUUCAUCACGUACCAGGACAUCCGCGACAUGGUCGAGAAUCUGAUGGGGCUGCACAGCCUGUGCCUGAAGCGGGCGCCCGUCACGGCACGCAGCCUCGGCCUGGUCAUUCGCAAGCUGACCAUCAUCGUUGGUGAGCUGGCCACUUCUCUUGAGAAGAUCUCCGAGGUGCCGGUUACCGACUGGAUGGCUGUCGGCGACGCGGUCGUCACGCGCACCGACAAGAUGAGAAUUGAAGAACAACAACCGUUCACUGAUUUCAUUCCGAGGACCCGAGAUAUCGAGCCUGUGAAGCUUCUCGGGGCAGGCGGCUUUGGCGCCGUAUACAAGGCCCGAUACAAGCCUGCCAACCUUAUCUGCACGGUGAAGCUGAUCGCCUCAGACCGAUUUAAUCGACCGAAGCAGGCGUGCAUUGACAAGGUGGUCGCGUCCGUCGUGCGGAGCCCUUUUCUUGUCAAGUACUACGUAUGCUUCGCUACUAAGGACGCGUAUGUGACAGUGAUGGAGUACGUGUGUGGCGUGGACCUGAUGCGCGUGGUGGAGCGCGCCAUGUUCCUGCCCAUCGAACAGGUGCGUGUCAUUAUGGCCCAGCUCAUCUUGGCCGUAGAGCAUUUGCACCUCAAGGGCUUCUUGCACCGGGACAUUAAGGUGUCCAACAUGCUAAUGAUUCCCGGUGGAAGAGUCAAGCUAAUAGAUUUUGACACCAAUAAAGUUUGCCUAGGACAUUUUACAAAACGUGUCAUGCGGGGCUACUUCCGGCGUACCCCGUUCGAAUUCAGGGAUGGAGAAUCAGCCGGGACUAUUCCCUAUAUGGCUCCUGAAAUUCUCAAACGAAGGCCGUAUGGCCGCGCUUGCGACUGGUGGUCCACUGGUGUGGUAUUCUACAAGCUGAUGACUGGCCGGGUGCCGUUCCGAGGCAAGACAAAGAAGUUGCUUCGCGACCGCAUCAUUGCGUCGCCCCUCAAAUGGCCGAAAGUGAGCGAACACCCGCACUCGGCCAACACCACUGCCAAAGACAUGGUCUACUUGUUGCUCAAGAAGAACCCCGUUGAACGGCUCGGCUCCAAGCAGUACCGCGACAUCAAAUCGCAUUCUUUCUUCGAUGACUUCGACUGGAACCGGCUGCGUUCAAACAACAGCCUUUGCAAUGUCCCUGCCAUCUUCGAGCUCAUGCAGAUAUCACCGCCCUCAGAUCCGACUACGAACAUGGCUGAGCACAGCACGCUAAAUCUGUGUACGUGA